AUUUUCUUCCUCCCUCAUUUGGUCGGCGGUGUUUGUGUGGUGAACAUUGUUUUGCGUUGUCGUGGCACGUGCUUAUAAAAUAAAAUAAAUAAUUAUUUGCAAUACACAGUUUUCCUUAUACCAAAAAUAAAUAUGGCAGACGCAGCCGUCGACAAGAAGGAAGUUGCGCCCGAAGAGGUAACUUCUACUGAAGCAGCGAAAGAAUCGCCGGUGAAGAAAUCACCAGCAAAGAAGGUUGCGGAAGCCGCGGAAAGCAACGGCAAAGGGGAGAAUGGUGCCGAAAAAGCCGCUGAAGACACCCCAGCAGAAAAUGGCGAUGCGGAAGAAAGCAACGGGGACGCGGAAGAAAGUAAUGAUGCCACAGAAAAUGGAGAUGCCACAGAAGUUAAGGAAGCUGGUGUAAAGAGGAAAUCAACUGCAGCGGAUAAUGGUGAUGCAGUUGAAAAGAGCACACCAGAGAAGAAAGCUAAGGUUUCGGAGGAAAAGGCUCCUGAAGCAGAGGAAGCAAAGGCUUAGAGCCUUCAACAUUAGGAAUUUGGUUUACUGCAAUGCAUCUGUCCCUUAGAGCCCAACUUCUAACGUGCAUAUCUUAGAACUUGAAUUAUUUACAGAUGUAAAGAAAUAGUUUCGUAUAGAUUUUACUAGCUGAUCUGAUUUAAGUAUAACGGAGUUGAGCUCUAUCGCGACCGCACUAACGUUAGGUUAUUUAUAUGUAAGAUAUAAAAGUAUCCGAUGAAUAGUAAUCUCAGAAUAUUUGAAUGUUUGAGACAUGAGGACUUGUACAAUUCAUAUGGUUAGUGAUGUUUGCUGGACUAAAAAUAUUGGUAGUGUUCAUUUUCAGGGGUAACAGACGGGUUGAAAUUAAAUUAAAUUUUUUAACUUGGAAUACUCCUAUUACAAAAGAUAAUAUAACAAUUUUAGAUAAAACAGUAAUUGAAUAAUUUUUGUUUUAUCAUGCAUUUCAAAAGAAUGUCAAUGUUUUUUACCUCAUUUACUCCUGAGAAUACCAAAUUUUUUUGGAUACACUUCCCUGCGUCUAAUACAUUUUUGUAUUUAACUUACCUGCAAAGUACCUGUAAAGUGUAUAAAUUUAUUGAUUCAUGUUAGUCACAUUGUAAAUGUGCAUCGCAGUGAACCGAUGACACUAAUUUGAUUCAGUGUUGUGCUGUUUCCGUGUAACAUUGUCUUAUUUCUACAGACGUAAGAGUGAAUUUGAAGUAUUAAAAAAACGCAACAAGUUUAUUGGUAUUUACACCAGUACAAUACUGCCAAAGUUCACCCACAAGUGAAAACAACUCACAAAGUCCGUUCUGUGAACGAUGCGUUUUAUACAAACAGCUUAUGUUUUUUGAUUUUUUUAGUUGAAAUAAGAUUGAAACAAGUUCUAGAUAAUUCAGUUUUACUUUAAGUUAGCAGUUAAAUUUCGCACAUAUAUUACAUAGGCAUUAUUACUUAACCAUUAAAACAUUCCUUGACUUGGUUACGGAUUGCAUUGUGAACGAGCAAAAAGUAGUUCCAUUGUGCCGGUUGAGAGACUUCACCGGCCCGAGGUACUUUUACUUCCUAAGCAUUGGAGUUAAUUUUAACAUGUUCACUUUGCAACGCUAAUUAUAAGAUUUGAAAUUGAAAAGUUCAAAGUUGACAAAUAAGGUGAUAGUUUCAUACUGACGUUUAAUACUGUGUGCUAUUUUUUUUAUUCUAUGGUUCUAUAUAUGUUUCUAAUUUCUUUAUUUUUAAUUUAUUUCGCUUCUCUGAGUUAAUUUUUCAAUAGCUAAUAAUAAUAAACAUAAGGAUUUUCAGACGACUUUUAUAAAUAUUGGAUUCCUACUUUGUAUUCUGAUAUAUUAACAAUUUGUACUGCAUUAAGGGAUAUAACGUUUUUAAAUUUUUCAUACUUGACAUUAUAUUGUAUUGUUCAAACUGAAAAUUUGAUUCAAAGUAAUUUAGUACUAGAAUUUAUAGUAGAGUGUACAUUUUGAACACGGCUCUAUAUAGAGUUUGUAUUUAUAAACAUUUUCUGGAAAUAAAAUAGUCCAAUGAAUGA